AUGAGUCACAGCGGAGAUCUGCCUUCCGGGGACAGAGGCCACGAGCCAGGAACAGCCAGAGACACUCACGUGGUUACGCCGACCAGCUGCCGGAGGCUGAGAGUGGACAAUAGUGUGAGCGAAUCUCCUGGAGGACACAGUCUGGACUUCCUGGGACUCUGCCAGGUUCUCGUGCGGAAGAGCUCUGAAAGAUCCAGUCUUGGCUCCGACGGCAGGGUGGACGGAGCGGAGGCCCCCCAGAUCCGGGAGUGGGAGAGGGAAAGCCUGAGUUUCCAGAGCCUGCAGGUUGAGAACGUGUCCCAGACACCGCCUGACCCCAGCCCUACAGUGUGCUGGACUGGGCGCCCGCCCCUUCAGCCCCUGGCUGUCCUAUCUGGGCAAAGGGCUAAGGAUGGGCAGCUGCCCCUCAGAAGGGCGAGGACAGGACAAGAGGCACCAGACAACGUGAAAUUCACGGCGUUCCUGGGGACCCCCGAGAGCUGGGGUCACAGGGUCCCUGCAGGCGCCCCUGGAUGUGAAGAGAGGCGGCAGAAAGGGGCCUCCCUGAACACCCUGCAGGACAGGGAUGAGGAUGUGGACCCCGUGGGGCGUGGAGAGAAGCCCAGCGUCCCCCAGCACACACGCACAUGGACCGCGGCCCCGGCCAACGGCCCCACGGGCGCAGGGCUGGUGGCCCUGGGAUGCAGACGCAGAUCCGGAAACCCUCCACCAGGGCCGCAGCAGGCGGAGACGGAGAAGGGCCCCAGGGACCCUGGGCAAGGCGGGGUCCACUGGACCCAGAGCAGUCCCCCGCCACAGACAGCCCCUGGGGCUGGGCCGGGGAGCCCGGGGUGGGACAUGCCGGAGACGGGACUCCAAACCUCUCAGCCCCCUCCCCUGGGCUUCCCAGGCGCCCUCUGCCCUGUUCCCCAGGUGAGGAGGCCCCAGCAGGCCCUGCGGGGCAGCCAGUCUGGGUCCAGAAUCCUGCUGCCCAGCUUCGCUCAGAGACCAGUCAGUCGUAACGCUGAGCCCUCAGGUUGUCGGGACCAAGGUCACAGGCACUGCACACACAGGGACCCUCCCCGGGAAGACCCUCCCCUGUCCCGGCCUCCUGUGGGCUCCCCGGGGCCCCAGGGCGAGAGGCAGCUCAUCCAAGGCCACCCAGGCCCCUCCCUCCUCAGCAGCGCCCACUGCCCAAUGGGGCCCAUCCCCCAGCCGGCCCCUGUCUGCAGCAAGGGUGCCCAAUGGUGCCCGGACCCCGUCUGCAGCAAGGGUGCCCAAUGGUGCCCGUCCCCCCGCCAGCCCCCGGUCUGCAGCAAGGGUGAAGAGGAGGUCAGGGCACAGACAGACUCGUGGGACGACCCGGGGAGGACGCGGGGAGGACGAGGGAGGACCCGGGGAGGACGGGGUAGGACGGAGGAGGACGGAGGAGGACGAGGGGAGGACGCGGGGAGGACGCGGGAGGACGCGGGGAGGAUCCGGGGAGGAGGUGGGGAGGACGCGGGGAGGACGCGGGAGGACACGGGAGGAGCCGGGGAGGACGCGGGAGGACGAGGGGAGGAUCCGGGGAGGAGGCGGGGAGGACGCAGGGAGGACACGGGAGGACGCGGGGAGGACGCGGGAAGACGCGGGGAGGACGCGGGGAGGACGGAGGAGGACGAGGGGAGGACGCGGGGAGGAUCCGGGGAGAAGGCGGGGAGGACGCGGGAGGACGCGGGGAGGACGCGACCGUGCGCGCCCGGGAGAGGGGAGGGGCCAGCCCCGGGGAGUCCAGCCUCCAGGGCUGGAGACAGUGAAUGUCAGCCGCUUGAGCCGCCCCGUCUGAUGUUUGUUCCAGCAUCCCUGGCUGACGAAUGCACUGCCUCCAAGGCUGUCAAGGCCCCUGGGUUCUUGCCUCAGUUUUGCCAAGUCCACCCUGGGAGCCUCAGCGCUGGGCCUGGCUUUCCCGGUCACUACGGAGGAAGGGCCUUGUUGAAGGGAGGCAGGCAGACAGGACCUUCUUCGGAGUCCCCGCCCCCCACCCCGGGGCUUGUGGCAGGGCCACAGGGGGUGGCAUGCAGCGGGGGUGGGGGGGUGGGAGGCUCCAUCCACCCGCAUGCGGCCCUGGCCGAGGGCAGCCAGCGAAGGGACCGGGCACUUGCCUCCAGAGCCCCGCCAGGCCUCUGCUCCCUCUUCACCACAUACGAGACCCUGCCUGGCAGUGUUCCCAGCAGAAGCACCAACAAGGGUGCCCUCCAGGCAGGCCCCCAAGUGCCCCCUGCUCCCACCCAACAGCAGGGGCUCUGCUGGGCCCACCUGGACCUCCCUCGCACCCUCUGGGUCCAGCAGAGCCUCACCCUCUCAAAGGGCCUUUGUGGCCGCGCCCCUUCCAUCUGCAGGGUCCUCUCGUGGCCUCCUGGCCUCAGAGCCCCAGAACUCUCCCUCACCCUGGCCCUCCCCCCAGGGGACCCCCCACUAGGAUCCAGGGGCCUAGAGGGACCCAGCGCAGUCUCUAUCAAGAGGGAAGGCGAGCCCGUGAACCCCACGGCUGAUGUCUGGUCCCUUCCGUGGUCAGGCUCACCCUUGUUCUGGCCAUUCCUCUUCGUGGAGCAGGGUAGACCCUGCAGGUGGGCCCUGCAGAUCAGGAAGCCAGCCCUGGGCCAGGGGUUCCAGGGUGGGGCUGCUCUGGAACAGGCAGGAACCACGGAGGUUUCCACUGCCCCUCUCGGGAUGCACUGGUUCCAGCACCCGGGACAGGCAACAGCUCUGCGAGGGCCAGGCAGUACCGUGGGCCCUAGAACACGGGUCCCAGGAGGGCAGGGCCCCCCUUGGACGCUGGUGCACCUGGAUACAGAGAAGGAGCCCAGUGAAGUUUCUGGAAGGACCAAACGUGGGACCUGGCAGAUCAGACGAGGCCAGCGGGCACCCAUGUUGGACUCCAGCGUCCGAGAGGCUGGCCCCAGGGACACAUCAUUCUCUGACUGGGUGGGGCUCCCUGCCCCGGGUCACCCAGCUGGCGGUGGACAGCGGGGAUCUGAAUGCGUCAACCUGGACCCCCAGACGGAGGGCGGCCUGGGGGCUCACAGGUCGGAGCCCCUUGGGCUGAGCCCUUGCUGGGCAUUGCCCCAGAGCCCCGCUCCCAUUAGCAGCCUGCAGACCUCAGCGUCCCAGCCGUGA